AUGCUGAAAUUUCAAGACAUCCAAUCAAAACGUAGGGAGUCUUAUUUCACGAGUCGAGCACCGGGAUCGGGGUGUCCGGGGUGCACGGGCUCGGGUAAACAUCGCGUGCAGGUGUCGCGUCAGCGGCCGCUGAGCGCGCGGGCGGCGGCAGUUGCAAGCGCGCACGCGGCGAGCGAUGACGUGCGCGAGAGAUGUCGCGCGGCGGCGAGCGCGCGGCUCGUGACGCCGCGGCAUGUGAUGUUCAGACGGCACGCGCUGCGGCGGCGCCUGGCGGCCGCCGGCGCGCCCGCGGUGCCCGCCGACCAGCUGCGGCGCCUGGCGCGCGCCCUGGACGCCGGGCCCGCCGGCGCCGACUGCGUGCCCGCCGGCCACGCCGCCUCCCUGCUCCGCCUGGCCGUCACCCGCGCCUACAGGUUCCCCGACCUGCGAGACCUCGGCGAGCUCCGCAGGGCCCCCCACUGCGCCGACCAGCACUGCUGCAACCCUUACCACUGGAGCCGCCUCUGCAAACCCGAAACUCCCCCUCCCCCUUAUAGUCGGUUCGCAAUGGACGACUGCAAGCCUAAAGAGCAUGGUGAGAGCACAGAGGACGCAAGGAGGACCGACCACGAGCGGCUAGUGAGCGGCUCCCUCGCCACUGAUGGCGAAGAAAAGCAAACCUGGGAGACGGAAUGGUGCAGGCUAGCUUACUGGGAGCUGACCCAGCGCGUGGGCCGGCAAUUCGGCGUGCGCGGGCGCGCCGUGGACGUGUUCGGCGGCGCCUGCGCCUCCGGCCGCCGUGGGCUGUGCCUCGAUGCGCUGGACCAGCGGCCCGACGCGCCUCAAGCUGACCAGGUGCGAAAAACGCGGUCCAAAAUCGGUCUUGGCGUGACCCUCUCCCUAGAAGCGGACGGCGUCUGGCUCUACAACCGGAGCCAAGAGCCCGUGUUCGUCAGCUCGCCGGCGCUCGACGCGGCCGCGGCCAAGGCGCUGCUGGUGUGGCGCGUGGCCCCCGGCCACUGCCUGUGCAUCUUCGACCCCGCGUGCCCCCCGCCGGCCGUGUCCCUCCCGCACGUGGGCCCCGUGGACCCCCGCUCCGUGCGCAUCUCCUUCGCCAAGGGCUGGGGGCCCAAGUACUCCCGCAGGGACGUCACCGCGUGCCCCUGCUGGCUCGAGGUCCUCCUGGCCCCUCCGAGCUGACGCAAGGACUAAAGUGCUCUGGCCGGCUGCCGCUUUCGGGAACGCGACCCUUUUCGAUGUACUUAAAACGGUACUCCCGAGUACAAGUCUGAAAGACAAAUUGAUACUUACCUCGUGUCCCCGAAAACAGCAGUCACCACGGUGAACUCACAAACUACAGUGCAGUGCAAAGACAAUUUGAAAUGAACUCAUGUGAACGGUUUUUGUGUAUUGUUGGACUUAUUUAAUUUAAUUAAUUUAAGUGUACACUUGGGGACGUCGAAAAUAGAUCACAAUAUUUAAUUUUGCAAUCAUAUUUUUUAUUUUAUUUUCCUUAAAUAAUUUUUACUCAUAUCAAUAAAUAUUUAGACCGUUUUCUGUGUACCCAAGAGUAUAAUUUAUGAUAUUUUAGUGCAUCACACGCGUUGCACUACAAUCGGACGGAACCCUUAUUUAGGGUCAUUCUUACGAUCAAGUAGCGUGAUGUAUUUAUUCAUUUAUUAAAUCAAUAUGUUAUCGUUUACAAAUGUAAAUAGAAAUGAUUUUAAAUUAACCACGCGUACAUAAAUGAAGAGGCCUUGUAAUUUAUUUGCUAAAUGAAUUUCCAAAAAUGUGUACAGGCAAAAAAUAUUUAUGAGAAAACAUAGGGUAUAAAACCAUCUUCAUUUUCAUGACAUUCUCGACUGCAAUCAUGCCUCAUUGUUCAUUUAUCACCGGCUCGCAUGUUCAUCAGUUCGGCGACUCUCUCAGAUUGGACCAGCCAAUUUCGUCGAGGAGUUCCUAGUGCACCCGUUUUCUCCGCCACGGUAAUUAUGAGGCCUUACUCCGUGUAAUAAUGUACCAUAAUAGUCACUAUACAAUUUUCUGAAGUUGUAUAAUAUUGUAUAGAACUCGGCUUUAAGACAACGCGAGACUGUAUAUAUAAAAGUUAUAUGUACUAUAAUAUUUGUAAUAAACUAUUUAUAAUUAUGAAAUAUGCCUUACCUUAGAAUUUAAAUUAUUUAAGAUUAGUGUAUAGUCAUACUUCUUUUUUGUACAAAAAUAUUAUUUGACACAAUUUUGUAUUGCGAGUUGUAACAGUUUAUAAAUGUGAAGAAGGCUGUGUGAAAAGCAUUUCUAACCGACUUCAGUAAAGGUUAUCGUGAAAUGUAUCUCAGUACGUGUAUUGUGCGUGAUGGGAGCCACCACAGGAAAUCUAGUUUCGUUAGACAUAAUCACACAACGUUUUGAUCUUUUAGUUUUUAUAAUCGAAAAAGAUCUGCCAAUGUUAAAUUAAAUUUUAUUAAAAAUAGUGCAAUAUAAUUGAUUUUAAAAAACAUAGAUAGGUGAAUUGUCUAAAACAGAUUUUGAACAUUGUGCCUUGCGUUGUAUUCAGAUAUAAUAUAUAAAGUUAUAAUCCAAAAUUUAUACAUAAUAUGUAGGGUAAAUACAGUCAAUUUCACUGGCCUAUAAAAUAAGUCUAUAAUUAUAUACAAAUACGUAUAUGAAAGCUCGAAUUUAUGAGUGUACUGCUUAGAGACAAAGUGAGUUGACUUGACAAUAAGAUUUCAUUCUAGUCUUUAUAAAAAUCUUGCUUUGUCGUAUUACAUAAGUGUACUGGUAAUACGUAUGAACUGGCCAGUUAAAGAAUAAAAGCAAUAGUAAAAAAUGGUGCCCAAGGCGUGAGCUUGCAAGCGAAAAUUUAUGCAUCGACAUUUUUACUACAGCUUAGAAAAUGAUUUUUUUAUCCGUCAGUGCCAUGUUUAAAAUGCAAAGAUUUUCGUUUGCAAGAUUUUUUGCUGCUUCAUAUGUGCAAUGUUGCCCCGAAGAAUAUAACAGAUAAUAACAACAUCUAUGUGUAUUUUUUAGUCGUUCGACUGAUAAAUGCCAGUUGUGUUCUCGGACGGGAUAGCAUUGACACUUGAAUUGUUUUCUAUUUAUACCGCUGCGGCAACGAUACUCCUGGCCUACACCUCUCGUUAAGUUAUCGUUCUGUUCAUAGUCACAAAUGCAAGCACGAUUCCGUCGUUGUUGUAUGUCUUGGGAAUUCAUACAUCCGCUGUCCAAUCAUCGCGUUAGACUGAUGUAGCGCCUUAAUAAAUUAAAACAUAUUUUACAAUGUGUUAACUUUGUCUUUAAGAGAAAAACAGUGUUUAUAACUAAAUUAUAUAUUGGAAGUUGUUAUUUAGAACGUAAAAUAAGUUUUUAUACAAGUUGUCAAAAAAUUUGGUCAUAUUUUUCCGUGGCCGAAAGUGUACGGUUUCGAAAUUAAAUUAAAACACAUUGUUAAAAUAUGUUUUGCUGGUGUAAUAAUAAAUAAACUUAAUGAGAAAUUUAAUAAUUUAGGUGUCCCUAAUUCGCCAGUCUAGUUGCGCCUGCGACGAUGGAAGAGAUUAGGUUAUGAUAAAUUAUAAAUAAAGAAAGAUAAUAUUUUUAAAA